AGUAAACAUCAUGUCGCUGGCACACAGGACAAACUUAAUGUUAUUUAAAAAUGUGUUUUGCAGCAGGUUUGCCAAUAUAAGGAGAAUGACAUCCAAAAGGCGACAUAGAGAGAUCGUACCUGAUGAAGAAGUGCGAGUAUUCUCUGGAAUUCAACCCACAGGUAUCCCUCACCUAGGUAACUACCUGGGGGUCAUCAAGCUGUGGGCAAAGCUUCAGGAGGAGUACCAGGAUGUCAUGUAUAGCGUUGUGGAUCUACAUGCUAUUACUGUCAGACAGGACCCAAAGGAAUUCAGAGAGAACAUUUACAAGAUGGUGGCCUGUCUGCUGGCCUGUGGAAUAGACCCAGAAAAGUCAAUCUUGUUUUUACAGUCACAGGUGCGACAGCACAGCGAGCUCUGUUGGAUCCUGAGUUGUAUCACGACCAACGCCAGACUUCAGCUUUUACCUCAGUGGAAGGAGAAAUCUAACACAAAGAAUCCCAGUGUUGGCUUGUUUACUUACCCUGUUCUUCAGGCAGCUGAUGUUUUACUGUACAAAUCCACACUUGUUCCCAUUGGAGAGGACCAGAGACAACACUUAGAUCUGUGUGAAGAUUUAGCCAUAUCUUUUAAUAAUAAAUUUGGGAAAGUCUUCCGUGUCCCAAAAAUGUUACUUGGUGACUCUGCAAAGAUAAAGAGUCUGCGAUUUCCAGAAAACAAAAUGAGUAAAUCUGAUAAAAGUCCUAAGGGGAGAAUUGACUUAACAGAUUCUAAUGAUGACAUAGCAUCUAAAAUCAAAAUGGCUGUCACAGACUUCACCUCACAAAUCUCUUAUGACAAGGAAAAUCGCCCAGGUGUGACCAACCUAAUUAAUAUUCAUGCUGCUUGCACGGGGGAAACACCAGAGGAAAUUUGUGAAACAUAUUCCACAUUGACAACUGCUGAAUAUAAAGUCCUCCUAGCAGAUAUUGUGAUCAGUGAAAUUCAUCCAAUCAGAGAGAGGAUUUUAUGGUUGCUUAGUGACAAGUCACAUCUUCAGAGCAUUUUAAGACAGGGACAGGAAGUGGCAUCUGUGAUAGCUGAGGACACAAUGAAGGAUGUUAGAAAUCUUGUAGGAUUUAUGUGAUGAAUAAUAAAUUUUAAAAAUGUUAAAAUUAA